GUGCCCUGUCUGUUGAUUCACCGUCGUGAAAUGUUUUGAGCUAAUUGGCGCGAAACUCUAACUUAGUUUGUUUGUAAAUACCGCGCGUAGACGGGUGGUCUCUUGUACGUGCUCAACGACGAAGGAAAACUUUCAGUAAGGCAAAAGAAAUUUUCCAGCAAGUGAUCAAACUAUGUCCAUUCUACCAUCUGGAUGACGACCUGCAAAAAAGAAGCUUAUUUAUUAUGCCGUGCCUUUAGUUAAUCAGUGAAGCAAGAAACUUGGCUGUGUUGAAGACGUGCAACACUCAAAGGGAAUCAUAUAGUUGUCAGUUUACUACAGAGAUGUCAGAACACACAGAACAGAAGAAUUCCAAGAAGGAACAGAAGCAAACCCGGUACAAAAACACAAUACAUCUGUGGGAGUUUUUACUAGAGCUUCUUGAGGACGAAAGAUACAUCCCGUUAAUUUCAUGGACUAGGAAAGAAGAAGGAGAGUUCAAAAUCAAGAGGCAGGAGGAAGUGGCGCGGAGGUGGGGCAGGUUGAAACAGCGAGCUGGAAUGAAUUAUGAUAAACUGAGUCGGGCACUGAGAUACUACUACCAGAAAGGCAUUAUUAAAAAGGUGCAAGGCCAAAGACUGGUUUAUAAAUUUGACAAGCUUCCUUAUGCGUACAAGCCUGUCAGGUACAAUUGGCCGUGGCCAAUCCCUGCGGAGGAAAGCCCCAAACCGGAUCAACCAGAUAUUAUUCCAAACCAGGUUUCCAUGACAACACGCUGGCCAGUUAUGAGCCAACCUUGUGUUCAUUCACGAAGCGCGCCCACGAACCAACGUUUCGGUUGCCAUGAAUGUAUUCCACGAAGCCAUGCGCAAACGAUGUGCCGCAGCCAGAUAAUGUUUCCACCUUGUAGAUGUCUCGGGUCAUCAGUUUACGGUGUGCGCAUGCUCCAUGAUCCAACCUCCGUCCCCGUUGAAGUAAUAACUAGAUUUGUUUAACAAUAACCAAAGGUUCACAUCUUUUUCUUCCCAUUUGUUUAAGUAUAAGUUAAAUAAGAAACUCGGUAUACAUUUGUCAUUUUGUACUUAUUUCAGUGACUGUAUGACUGUGACUUUGUUGUAGAAAGGUUUCCUUUCAUACGAAGGCCUCCUGCGCAGAAUUGCUUUGAGCUCGUCAUGCAAUCUGAAAAGAAGAUUGAGUGCCUGCGUAGUAAGCUGGGUGGAUUUUCACAUGUAACGACAGGAAACCGUGACACUCGGAAUGCGAUGAAUUCUACUUAAAAAUAAUUUUUUCGACAAACGGUAAAUCACUACAUCUCGUAAAAAAAAUGCGAGAAAAGUUGUUCGUCUUACGUACACCUUUUUGCUUUCCUGGAGGGGGAGGGGGGUGGGGGCAGUGUGCUUCCCGGUUUGUGAUCUCUUGGGACCCGUUUCUCGGAAGGUCCCAAAAAGUUUUCGCACCCGAAAUGCCGUAGCAAAAUCCCAAACCUUUUGACUACAGAGCUGUUUCAA